AUGGCUAGCGGCGGUGGCGGGCUGGUGCAGUCCCCGCCAGACAUGUUGCACCAUCAUAACAUCAUGGACACGUCGUCGCACGUCGAAAUGAUGCCGAAAAAGCUACGUCUGUCCCUCUGCGUCGGGUGCGGGGGUCAGAUACACGACCAAUAUAUACUUCGAGUAGCGCCCGACUUAGAAUGGCAUGCCGCUUGCUUGAAAUGUCAAGAAUGUAGGCAGUUCUUAGAUGAAUCCUGUACGUGCUUUGUGCGAGAUGGGAAGACGUAUUGCAAGAGAGAUUAUACUAGGUUAUUUGGUACAAAAUGCGACAAAUGCGGCGCUUCCUUUAGUAAAAACGACUUCGUGAUGCGAGCGAAGACGAAGAUAUAUCAUAUCGACUGUUUUAGGUGUUGCGCUUGCGCACGACAAUUAAUUCCUGGUGAUGAAUUCGCGUUAAGAGAAGGAGGUGCUUUAUAUUGUAGAGAAGAUCAUGACGUAUUAGAAAAAACAGCAAAUACAAGUGGCAGUAGUGGGAACGCAGAAAGCAACAAUAAUACAACACUAAGCAACAACAACUCGCACCAUCCACACGAACUGGGUUCUAUGUCAGAUUCUGGCAGUGAAUCCGGUUCACACAAGAGCGGUCGAGCUCGCCCCGGCGCCGCCGCCGACGGAAAACCUACUAGAGUUCGGACUGUCCUAAACGAAAAGCAGUUACAUACGCUUAGAACAUGUUACGCGGCUAAUCCUCGUCCAGACGCGUUAAUGAAAGAGCAGCUAGUUGAAAUGACUGGCCUCAGCCCGCGAGUGAUCAGAGUGUGGUUUCAAAACAAACGGUGCAAGGAUAAGAAAAAAACCAUGCAAUUAAAGAUGCAGAUGCAACAAGAGAAGGGUAUGGUGCAGGAAGGCCGGCGCCUGGGCUACAUGUCCAUGGGUGUGCCGCUAGUGGCGGGGUCGCCGGUGCGCCACGAGGCGGGGUCGCUCGCGCUUGAGGUGACCGCUUACCAGCCGCCUUGGAAAGCCCUGUCCGACUUCGCCUUACACGCGGACUUGGACCGAGCUCCGCAACAUAGCGCUGCUUUCCAACAACUUGUCAAUCAGAUGCACGGCUACGACAUACCUUCUCUCCCGCCUCCGAGACCUCACGGAGAGGACAACUAUGUUACUUACCUCGAGAGUGACGAUAGUCUUCCCCCCUCUCCC